AUGAUCAGAAUUUCACAGUGCAUUAAUAUUAAAAAAAUGUACUACUUCCUUUUAGUGUGUGGUGUUCUUCAGCCUAUAUUGCAGUGCUACAGUGUUAACGGUAAAAGUGACGCAGUUCCACGUUUUCUAAUAAAGGCUGGAGCUAAACCUGCUAUUUUCGGUUCGUAUAGUUACGAUCCAGUGAAGCGAAUAUUUGUUACACCACUCCCAGAAGAAAGAAACUAUCAACCAAACGACUACAGCCCUACCAGUCACUUGCCAUUGCCAAGUCCGUCCGUCAGCGACUCUAUCGUUCAUUCGACGGUAGUAGAUGAAACGAAAAUGAGAUCGAAAAAAGAAGAUACUAGGCAGUCUCAUUGA